AUGUCCUGUCAGCUGCGCGGCGCCGGCUGUCGUCCCCAGCGGUGCGGCCGCACGGCGCCGCGCGUGCGGGGGCAAGCGUCGCGCGCUGCAGCACGGCGCGUUCCGGGAGAGCAGGGCGGUUCCGCGGCCGGCUCGUGCCGCUCUCGACGCUCCGUGGCGCCAACAGCGACCGCGAACGACCAGGACGGCGUCGGAUCGGCGUCGCUGCUGGACGGCGAGGACUUCUACGGCAUCCUCGGCGUGAAGCCCACAGCGUCGGCCGCGGAAAUCAAGCGCGCGUACUACGGUCUGAUGAAGCAGUGCCACCCUGACCGCAGCGUGUCGUCGUCGAGCGACAGCGACGACGACGGGGGGUACACGGACCUCUGCGCGAUCCUCAACGAGAUCUACGCCGUGCUCUCGGACGAGGAGCAGCGCGCGCAGUACGACCUGCUCGCUGGCUACAGCGGCAACUCCAUCAACCCCUUCUUCGACCCCAGCUUCGAGGCCGACCAGGUGUUCGUGGACGAGAUUACGUGCAUCGGGUGCCGCAACUGCAACAACGUGUGCCCCGCGACGUUCGAGAUGGAGCCCGAGUACGGGCGCGCGCGCGUGGCCAAGCAGGACGCCGACGAGCCUGACAUCAUCCAGGAGGCUAUCGACACGUGCCCCGUGUCGUGCAUCCACUGGGUGUCCGCGCCGCAGCUCGCGCUCCUGGAGGAGGAGAUGCGCAAGAUGGAGCGCAUCUCGAUCGCGGCGCUGCGCACGGGCGGCGGCGGGCGCGUCGGCGCGGACGUGUUCCGGCAGGCGAGCUUCUCGUGGGAGAAGCGCGCCGCGGAGGUGCGGGCCAAGGCGCAGGAGGCCGUCGGGGGCGCGCCGAACGCGUGGGAGUCCGCGGUGGGCGCCGUGGACAGCGCCGCGAACGCGCAGGAGGCGUGGCAGACGGGCGGGAACGAUCCGGCGGCCGCGCGGCGGAUGGCGAAGACGGCGGCGCGGGCGGCGCGGCAGUGGCGGGAGUACUCGCGGCGGCAGGCGGAGCGGGAGUUCGCGGGGCUGAGUCUGUCGGAGCUGAGCACGGCGUCGCUCGACAGCAUCGACAUGGACGAGGCCGUCCAGGCCGACCGUUGA